AUGGCUGAGAAUGUCCCUCCUGGAUCAGGCUCUGCGGCAAAGCCUACAGCAAGCAGUGACCGGCCGGGACUACCUUAUUACGAGAAAUUGAGGCGCGACCUACGGGACACCCUACAGAAGAAGCGUCUUCUUGAUCGAAAUCUAGCCGUCAUAGAGGACCAGAUCUACCGGCAAGAAACGGCGUACCUCGAAGAAACCGCAAUCGCAGGAAACAUUGUCAAAGGAUUCGACAACUACAUCAAGGCAUCUGCAGUGUCGGCAGCGGCCAAUUCAGCAGGCGGGACAGUCUCAGGCAGCGCAGUUGGUGGUGGUCUAGGCGCAGGGCGUCGGAAGGCGGUCGUGAACGACACAGACCGAGUGUUCUCCAAGAGCUCAGUAUCAUACAUGAGAGAUUCAGAUUCCCCGAGCAGUGCUACGAGCACACCCAACCACGCAGCCACGCCGACUGGAAGUUUUACUGCGGAGAAGACGGGUGACAAGAAGAAGAAAAAGAGCGCAGCCGCCAACGAUGAAGACACGGAAGGCAGAUCGACCAAACGCCAAAAGAUCACUUUCGGGGGUGCGCGCAAGAACCAUGAUGAUUAG